UAGGUGUUGGUCUGUCAUAUGCACUCCGCGGUAGUGACACCACCACCUGUCGAGUGUUAUUAAAGGCUGGGGUCGCAUCGCUGGCUGGGGGACUGGACAGUGGCGGCUGACUGGAUGCGCAGCGGUGGGGCUGCCGCAUGAGACAGAGACAUGGAACCACCCCAAAGUCAGUAUGGGGGAGUAGCAGCGGUGAGGUGAUAGUCUACGGGUGGUCGUCGAGACUCAGACCAUGCAGGCAGACAUGGAGUAACGAGACUUUGCCGGUGGCUGGGGAAACAUGUGCUGUUGGUGAGACACCUGUUGAUGUUCUAGAGCACCUGUAAAGGUACCCUCAUCCAGUCUAGCUGUGAUAGCUUCAACGAUGCCAGCCGGCUGCCGGCCAUUCAGGACGAGCAUCAGGAGAUCCGAGCCACGGCCACCAUCGCAUCAGAUCAGUCAUUUGUCUCUCGCCCUCCAGUCGCCCACGCUUGCUCCCUCACUUCACCUUUCUCUCUCACCUUCUCCCUCUUCUCGCUUUCAACUCCAUUCCCUCUCUCCGUCUCUCACCUUCCCUCUCUCUCUACCGCCUCUAUUCCUCCCUACCCGCUUCGUCCCGCCUCUCCAGUCCAGUCGUCUUCACUGUGCCUUCUGCACACUGCUAUUAGAUCGACUCCAGUCCAGUCAUCAACAAUCCCCAUCCCACCCACCGACGCCCGCCCUCUGCCGACCAGCAGCUGCUGCCAGCAGCACGCACCCUUGCACGCGAACCCCGCCAUUAAAUCAUAAGCUGUCGCGCGCGCGCCGCCCAUCGCAAACCACUAACUUAUCGUUUGCGAUUGCUUUCUCUCCGACUCUCGCGCGUUACCAAGCUAAAGCUUCUGGCCUGCUCGUCAAGUACCUCGCGCAGCGCACCAUCACAGCGAUCGCCGGUGAUUACGCGCCACUCUCGCGACCUAAAAGACCCCGUCGCCUCCUCGAUACCCCGCCCCGCCUUCCCUGAACGCGACUGGACUCCAAGUUACCAGUCCGUCUGAAACUCCGCGAUCCGCCAAGCCCAUACUCUGCUCUCCUCUCGAGCUUCCCCCCUGCUUCACGAAGCUCAUUCUCCUACGAAUCCCCAACCCUCCUUCGUUUGGCCCUCGCCAUCAUGUCCGCUCCCCAGGAUAUCCAGCCUUCCAACGGCGGCGACAUCCACGAACAGAUGGACAACCUUAAGAUGGACGAACGC